UGCAAAGGGGGUCUGUCUGUCUCUGUCCCUACAGUUCAAUAUACUGUACACUGCCAGCAGCAACUGCACUGUUGCUUAGAUGUGUUGACCAGUAUGGGUAGAUGGAAACUGUGGUUUGUUCUGCUUCUGCUGCUCAUGUUUCAUAUCGACAGCAAAGAGGUUGGGCAGCUACUUGUGAAAAACAUUGGGAGAAAACCAGAUGUCACUCCACUAUGCACCAAUGAAACACAGAGUAUCCUCACACUGAUAGUAUGUAAGAUCAGAACAGAAAGGAGCAGGGGAGAAGAGUGUCGUCUGCUGUAUCAACAUGGACAGGACUUUGUACACGAAUGUGAUUCCAGGUUCACACUUAUGAAGGAGAAUCAUACUGUGUUUCUGCACCUGACCAGUUUAACACCAGAGGACAGUGGGAACUACACCUGUGAGUGUUCACAUCUGUAUGGAACCGAUAUUCUCCAUCUGAAUAUCACUGUGGAAGAGGAUGAAGACGACCGCAGAUUUGCAGAAAUACCAUUUCCAAGUGCUUUAAUUGGUGUAACUACGUUUAUCGUUAUAACUGGAUUUAUCCUGGGAUUUAUCCACAGAAAAAAUCACCACAGAAAACAACUGGAACUACAGCACAGUCAUCAGAACACGGAACCACAGGACACUGAGCCGUGUGGCACCUUCAUACAGAAAGAGAAUGUGCUUUAUUCAGCUUGUAGUUUUGAAACUAGUAUUAAUUAUUUACCCGAGAUGACACAGAUUUAAGGAUAACUUUGUAGAGUUUAAAUGAUAUAUCCGAUUGUGAUCUACAAUGUGACGCAUGUUUAUAGUAAGUGAAACAGGGCCUAACUAUUUCACUCAUUGGAGAGCAUUUAAUUCUAAAACCUAGCAUAUAGUAAUUGUUUUGUAUAAUUGUAUUCCUUUUUAAUUUAAUUUUGUAAAAGUAGCAUAUUGAAUGUAUUAUACUAUAAAUAUGUUAUCCAGAAUAAAUGUUCUAAUAAACGACUGGUUAAAAC